GCUGACGCGUUUGACGUGGCACCUGAAGCUGCCAAAUUUCCUGCACAAAAACACAGACACAUAGCUUCACGGGUGUUGCCGCUUUCGGUGCUAUAGCUCAAUUAAAAUCAGGAUGGAAGUAAACACAUGCAAUAUUCAAGUCCUCCUGCAAGCUGCUGAAUAUUUAGAGAGAAGAGAAAGAGAAGCCGAGCAUGGCUACGCUUCAAUCCUUCCUUUUUACAGCAAAACGACAGAAAAAAGAAGCAAAUCGAAAUCUAAAAAGAGUUCAGCGGGGAACAGCAGGUCAGUUCACAAUGAACUGGAAAAGCACAGACGAGCUCAGUUGCGGCACUGUUUGGAACAGCUGAAAGAGCAGGUCCCGCUGUCCUCGGACUCCACGAGGAACACCACUCUGAACUUGCUGAGGCGGGCACAAAUGCACAUAAAGAAGCUGCAGGAGCAGAACGAGCGGGCCGAACUGCUGAAGGACCGGCUACGCUGGGAGCAACAGGAGCUGCGGAUGCGGCUGCAGCAGCUGCAGGGUGGCACAGAGAGGAUGCGCAACGACAGCCUAGGCUCGGCCAUGUCCUCCGAAAGAUCCGAUUCGGACAGAGAGGAUGUGGAGAUUGAUGUCGAGAGCAUGGUGUGGACUUUGGACUCUGACGGUCUGGGCUUAACGCGCACCGGCGCGGAUCAUAGUUACUCCACUUCUGACCGUGCCUGGUUAUGACGACCAUAAAUCUGCUCUCAUUAUAAAUUGCUGAAACAUUCCAAAAACUGUAUCACAAGGUCGAAGGCUAA